AGUUAAGAUGUUGUGCGCGAACCAGUCGUCUCACAUGCGUGCGUUAGCGAACGUCAUCACAGUGGUGACUCUGUGUGUUGUAACGCUCAGUAAAGUGCUGUUUUUAUCAUCGCCUAAAGUGGACUAGCCAGGGAUGAUUAUUGUAAUAAUUAAUAAUUACAAUCGUGAUGACGACACCUAAUAUUUAUCAUCAAUAAUCACCAAAAGUCACUAUUUUGAACAUAUAAUGUUAAUAGAUUAGUGCUCUAUUUUGUGAUUUUAUUUGGUGUGUUUAAAAUAUUGUGUCGCAUAUGAAAUCAUCUUUAAAAUAAAUAUCGAAGAACGUUAUGAAAAGUGUUACAUGUGGAUCUAAAAGAGCUUUUCGUAAAGAAAACAAAAUGUUUAAUUCGAUAUUCGAGUUGGGAUAUCACAUUCUCGCUAGUGGCUGAACUAAUAAUAGAGUGCUGGUUCGCUUGAGAAAAAUAUAUUUAGGAAGUAGAGAGACGAGAAUAUGAGUCUAUAAAUACGGUAUAUUCACAUCUCAAGCUACUGCGGUCAUAUACAUAUGUAUAUAUCUUCUUAUUACAACCUGUAAAAUAACCUAUUACUCCUGUUAGGAAAAAAAAGGUAUAAAUCCUAGAUUGUCGCUAGACACUAAAUCCGGUGGGAUUAAUCAGCUAGAAAUACACUAGUAAUACAAGACAAUUAAAUCGUACAUGAGUGAAGUAAUAUUUUUAAUAAGAAGCAAAGGAGGCCAACGGAUUAGACAAUAAUUGUAGUUGACCUCGCUGUAGUUUGGUAAUUCGAGAAAUAUCCCUGGUAUUAGAAUACGCGAUAGUAGGCAGAUACAGAGUAAGAGCCAGCAGCACCAACAGCAGCACCAGUGCCUCGACUAAAAAUAUCCACCUUUUAAAAGUUCGUGUAUACUUAUAUUAACUCUAUAUAAAGUUAAACUGUAUUUUUUAUUUCAUUUCUCGAAUGUCGCUAAAUUUUUUCAAGAAUAUAUUGUAAAAAUUUGAAAAAUCAUUUGUUUAUAUGUGAGGAUGCAGAUAUAUGUCGUGAACAAUGCUGAAAUUUUGGGUGUACACUGAUGGAAAAUAAGGACUUUGGGUAGUGAAUUUUUAAAGGGUUGAGAGAAUACAAGGCAGAAGGAAAAUAGUUUGAGAUUUUCGGGAAUUUCGUAAAAAGAGAGCACAAAAGAUUGAUAAAGUAAAGAAACAACAAAGUGUUGGUGAGAGUGUGUGGAGAAGGUGUCAAGUUCACAGUGGAGGGUGGAGGUAACGGUGUACCUGGGGGCGUCGUUGGCCCCAAUGAGGUGAUGAUGGGCUACGGUGGUGCCGUGGGGACCAGUGGCGCUAUGGGACCCUCUUCGGGAGCUGAUGUGCUCGGUUCAACUGGUGAUUACAGUCCCCAGGGUACCCCCAACUCCCUGGGUGGUCACCCUACGGGGUCCGUCGAUCCUGCUGGCACCUACAAUAUACCCGGGAGUGCCGGGGCCCUUACCACUUACAGCCCCCAAGACAGUCCUGCCAGCUCUGCUGGAGCCAGUGCCAAUAAUAAUGAAAAGCUGCCCACCUUCGGGUUUACUCAGGAGCAAGUUGCCUGCGUUUGUGAGGCGAUGGUGUCAUCUGUCCAGGUACUCCAGCAAGCCGGUUCCAUAGAGCGUCUUGGCAGGUUUCUCUGGUCAUUACCGCAGUGUGCACGACUUCAGCGGCAUGAAAGUGUGCUAAAAGCCAAGGCGAUUGUCGCCUUUCAUCGGUGUAAUUUCAAGCAGCUUUACCAAAUUCUCGAAAGCAACUCCUUCAGCCCCCACAAUCAUCCAAAGCUCCAGGCCCUGUGGCUAAAAGCUCAUUACAUCGAAGCUGAAAGACUUCGUGGCAGAGCACUUGGAGCUGUUGGAAAAUAUCGAGUGAGACGGAAGUUCCCGUUACCAAGGACGAUUUGGGACGGAGAAGAAACGUCUUAUUGUUUCAAAGAAAAGUCAAGAAGUGUUUUGAGAGAGUGGUACGCAUCAAAUCCGUAUCCGUCACCAAGAGAGAAACGCGAACUGGCUGAAAGCACUGGGUUGACUACUACACAAGUCAGCAACUGGUUCAAAAAUAGAAGACAACGUGAUAGAGCUGCUGAGCAAAGUGGUCAACGAGAGGACAAAGGUCACGGUGGAGGCCUAGUAGACUCUAGUAGCGAAAGUGGAGAUGAUACUAAACGGCAAUCUGUAAAUUCGUCGCAACAGCCUCAACAGCCCUCCCCAUGUGUAGUACAACAGCAACAACAACAACCGCGGAUGGUUGAUCAUCAACAAUCGUCGAGCAUGUACCAACUUCCUGCGCCUGUUUCUGUCCCUAGCCCCUUGUCAUAUCAUCAAAACCAUGGGAGCUCGAGUUUGAGUCACUCUCAUACGCCCACUCAUCAUAUGCACCAUGAUACCAGCAGUGAUAGCGGUGAUGAUAAGAGGAAUAUUCAUCAUCAACUGCAACAUCAUUUACAACCUGGUCACAAUUCCAGUCACAGUUUAGUUCACCCUACAGCAACUUUACCACCACCUCCGCCCAGUUGUGCACAGCAGAAAAGCCAACUGGAUUAUAUGCAAUACUACAGUCCUCAGGAUUACCUAAUUGGCACACCCACAUCAGCAGACAUCCAAAAAUCAUUGCCUCACACAGCAACGUCGAUGCAGAUGGGAGCAAUAGCGCCGUCAAUGGGCAGCUUGAGUCCCAUGGGCCCGUCAUCAAUGAUACCAAAUUCAAUGCAGAGCGUUAAUGGAAUGAACGCAAUGUCGAUGAACAUGGGGAUGGGAGCUUAUCAAGGGAUGAGCUCAAUGGGCAUGGCCUCGUCGCAUGCUGGGUAUCACAGUGGACUUGUACUGGGUGAUUACCACUCGUUGUGACCCUGGGUUCCAGGUAAUCAAGGCAAGCACAAUCAAGAAAAGACUUAGGUCAUUUAUAAAUAAUUGGCUUUUUUUUUAAUGUGUACUACUAUAAGCAUUUGCGUUUUAAAUUAUCGCGGCAUUUAGUUUAGUAGAACAAACAUACCAAAAAAUAAAAAAAAAAUAAAUAAAAUAAAAAAUCUUACAAACAGAAUAAAAAUAUAAUAUUUAAUUUGUUAUAUUAUAUCGAACAAGCGAUCGAUCGUUCAGUUUUUAGAACAUUAUUAUCAUUUUUUUAAACUGAUAAAUUGAAAACAACAAAUAGACAACAGUUAUAGCAAAAGACAAAAUAGCAUUUUCGUUUUGGAUUAUUAUAUUAAUAUACAGGUCAAAUAAAAGCUUAUUACAAGUACAUUCAUAUUCAGUUGUGUAUAUACAUGAUUGUUACAUAAUUGUUUACACAGCUAACGCACUCUAUUCCUCAAAGUAAUCAGUACAUAUACUAACGUCCAUUUUUUUGAUAAUACAACCAUGUUCAAAUCGUUCCUUUAUAUUGCGCGAAUGUAAUAUAAAUUUAUUGAAGUUAUAAUACCAUAAAAAUUAUGAUUUAUAACAAAUGAUAAUUUAUAAUUAAAUAUUCUUCGUUAAGACAUUGUCUAAAUUUUUGAGCUUUCGAGUCAUUCUGUAUAUAUGUAGAUAUUAGGUUUUAUAGUCUCUGGAUUAGACGCGUCAAUUUAUUAUUACAUGGUCAUUAUUAUAUUUUUUUUCGUUCUACUUAGAUCUCCCCGUAAUUAGUGCAUAAGUAACUAACAAAUAUAAAUUUAUGUAGUAAGUAAUACUCUAUAAAAAGUUAUCUGAAGUGUAAAUAAUCAAACAUUCAAAUAAAUUCGUUAAAUAGAGAAGUUCGGAGCUAGAUAAAACAAUUAUAGGUAUUAAUAAAUAUUUAUUAGGCUCAAAAAAAUUUUCUUUUUAUUAUUAAAGUUAAUCAAUUUUUUAAUGUAAGAGAGAAUGUGAUACUUUUAGAAAAAUUUAUUUAUUUAAUGUUUUCAAGUGUACGUAAUUUAAAUAUUUUUUAAAAAUAUUUAUGUUAGUUUUCAAAAAAAAAAAAAAAAAAAAAUGUAUAAUGUUUAUUUAUAGGAUUACUUGGUUUUUUAGCUAAAAAAUAGUUCCUUUUUGACCGUAUUUUUUCACUUCAUUAGAAAUUAAAUUUAUAGAAAAGCAAUAGUUAACUAUUAAUUUUUGAAUUUUUAUUACAUGUGUUUUUAUUCAGAAUUAACAUAAAUUCUCCAAUUUUUUUUUGUGGAAAACCAAUUCCUUGUAAAAAAAAUAUCUAAAAUAUGAUUUUUUUUGUAGUUAGUAAUUAAAAAUCCUAAUAAAUGAUUUAUGAUUUCGAUUAAUAUAAAAUGAAAGAUUGAUCAUGUCUCGGACUUUUCUAUACGAAUUAACGAAUUAGAAGAUCGGAACAAGGAUAGUAGUCCAUGGGACAAAACAGGGUAGAAAGCCAGAGUUUUAUGAUUAUAAAUAUAUAUAGAUAUAUAUAUAAAUAAAUAUAUUAUCUUAUAGGGGGACACGCAUAUUGCGAUUAAAAAAAUAAAAAAAGUAAUAACAUUUUAAAAAUGUUGUAAUAAUAUGAUAAAACGUAAACCUUUAAGUUUGUUUCAAUCAUUUAUUUAUUGAAAAUUAAUUUUUAAUUUUAUGAAAUUAACGCGCAACAAUUUUUUACACGGCCCUGUUUGGCACAAUUUAUGAAAACUACACGCAACAUUCCGAAGAAUGAAUAUUUUUUAGCGAAAUUAAUAAAUCUACGGCAUGAAACGCAUGUCUAUCAUUUUUUGUACAACAAUAUAUAUUUAUUCACUACAAUGAAUAGUAAAUAUAUGUAUUAACGAUCCCUUGUAAUGUGGUUAAAUACUUUUUUCGCACAAAGGGAUAAAUAGUUGCCAAAUAAUAAAUAAAUGUUUAACAAAUAAUUUAUAAAGACAGCAUUAAAAUUAUCAUUAUAUAUAUACGCUAAUGUAUAUGUAUAAUUUUGAUAUUUUCUGUUCUUACGUUUUUGUCAAUUAUAAAUAUAACUGUUGUAUACUAUAACAGAAACAAAAAAUAAAUAAAUAAAUAAGAAGCGUGUUCUUUAUAGACUACAGACAUCCCAUAAAGCACACAUUAAUAAAAAUAUAUUAAAA